AAGCGCUGAAAGAGCGUGCACACCCUCGUUCUCAGCUGUUCGCCGCGCCUGCGUACUCUCCACCCAGCUGCUGGCGCCAAGCUGAAAAUGUCGUCCGCCUCUGGGACAUGGAUCACGCCCAGCUUCGGAGACUAUUUCUCGCUCGAUGACAUAUUGACUACUAAUGAGCGGGUCCCCUGCAAGAUAGAACUUCCCAUACCGAAACUUGGAUCACUAGACUCCUCUUCAAAAGAAGAAGACCUAAAGCCAGGAACAAAGCUUGAUCUGCCAUACUGGUUGGCUGCACCCCUGCUCAGUCGUCGCAUUGUUUCUGCUGAAGUUCCAAAAGUGUACCGGGAAACAUACAGAGAGAUCCUUGGGGCUGAUGCUGUUGCUGUGGACCUGUACAGACUUCAGCCACAAUAUUACAAAUUUGGGCUGCUUAUACAAAGGCUUCCCGUGUCAGAUGUGGAAUAUGUCAACAACAGCCUUAUUGAGGCGUUCAAGAACCGAUUCCGGCACAUCAUGGACUGCUCCCAGGGUACCCUCAAAGAAGAUGCGCUGGACGUGACGGUGCGGCUGGACAUGUCCGAACGUGAGCUAUUCUCGCUGGGCCGCGAGGCGCUGGAUGACCUCCAGCGCUGGAUGCGUCGCGAUUCGCACAAGAUCGCCACGGCUUCCAUGGUGACCAACCAUCGGAAGCGCAAGAGAGCCGCCUUGACGGAGUCCAGCUGACUGACGCCUGGCUGCCACUCUGGCCGUCUGAUGCGAGCACAGGCUGCACACGGAAGCAGUGAUGUCUGCCGUGCCGCAUCGUCGUGAUGCCUCUGUGCAGCUGCCAAAAACGGAAGGGACGUUCAGUGCAUGUGUGUCUGCCGUGAGCAGCUCUGCCUCC